UAAAGAGUACCGUGUGUGUUCCUAAUUGCAUUGUGUCAACGCUCUCUAGCACAACGACAACAAACUACGUAAAUGAAGCUCUCGUCCAAUCAGAAGGCGUGAUUAGCCUGAUUGUCUCAUCAACAGGCACUAAGUGAUACGUGAACUCCGACCAAUAGGCGAUUAAUGUUCAAUUUUGAUUUCUUAUCAAUAAGUAAUGAUAUAGGGAAAAUUCCUCCAGGCCUCUGAGUGCUAUUUUAGUAUAGGACAUCCGUGGGUACGUCAACGUGAGGCGCAACUGACUCGCACUCACUCGAAGGGACGGAGCACGCAGGAACAACACUGACCAUGAGCGAUUCUAGCACUAGACCCGCGGUUACGCCAUUCUCUAUCACCGACAUACUCAGCAGACAGGACGUCCAGAACCUAGACUCGAGCAGCAUAGCGCUGCCAUCGUUGUGGGAACGACGUGGAGUCGAGCCCCAUCGUUUCCCCACAUACAUUCCCUCGCCGUCCUACCGCCAGGCAACAUUCCCAUUCCAACCGUACGUGCCUCUGGCAAGUUAUCACUGUCUUCCGCAAGCCGCGGCGACACCACCAACAGAUUCAGUUCACGCCGAGGACAGCAGAGCGGAGGAGAGUCCAGACGAGUGCGACGCAAAAGAACAAAUUCGCUCCGAAAGGGAGGCCAGCAACACCUCGCCGUCAAACCAACAACAGAAGAGUAAACCGCGCAGGAAGCGAUCAAGAGCUGCCUUCUCUCACCAGCAAGUCUUUGAACUAGAGAGAAGAUUCAGCCACCAAAAAUAUCUCUCCGGGCCGGAAAGAGCAGACCUCGCUGCGGCUCUCAAACUGACAGAAACACAAGUUAAAAUCUGGUUCCAGAACCGCCGGUAUAAAACCAAGCGUCGCCAACUAGCCUCUGAGAUUUGUCCCCCAAGCGCGGCAAAGAAGGUAGCGGUAAGAGUUCUCGUUAGAGAUGACAGAAAGCAGUACGAAGAUCUAGGAUUGCCUGCCGUACCUUCCUACCCAGUUACGCCUUAUGUGCCUAGCUUCGGAAGCCUUGGCUCCUACGGGCUAUAUUGCUUGGACCAUAUGCUACCGUCAAGUCACUCGCUAUAGCGAGCGAAGAAUUCAUAUGCGCAAAGCGCGACCGUAGAAUAGGCCAUAUCAAGGUCAGUAGCUUUAAGUCCGCUGUACAGUUAUAAGAUUAUAAAGACUUAAAAGUACUGUAGAGAUGAGAGAAUCACUUGGGAAGAUGAGCUCGCCUUGGAAAUCGCGCUCUCUCUACUCUCGUCACUACGGAAGUACAACACUUAAUCCAACAUUGAGAUGGAGUGUUUGACGCUUUACUCGUUUACCCUUUUCAUCAUGGGCGAUUGCAUGGCAUUAGACUUUAAUUAAGCAUAAUCCCGGAUUCGGACAUUCGUGAAUCCCUGAUGCAAUAAGCGAAGUGUGUGGUGGGUUGUUUAAGAGAUAUAGGAACAUGUACUGAAUAGUUAAAGAGCUAAGUCGGGUAGCGCCAAGUGGAUCGCUCAAUGCGUGUUGAUCGUGCAGACAUCUCCGUGCUAAUGGAGUGCCGUUCUCUCUUAUCUCGGUUCCCUAUUCAUUUUAGUUGACAGCUUUAUUUCUUUGCCUCAUCAACGUAAUUUAUUUAUAAAACAAGUAUACUUGAACGGGAAAGAAGGGCUCAAAAGCGCACUCAAUUCUCGAGGUGAAGUUAUCGCUAGAUAUGGGAAUGUAGUAACGGUUGUGUACAUUCUAUCGUCUGUGUAAAUUGUCCGUUUAGCAUUAGCCACACAUGCCAAGGUGGUCUAGUAAUGCAAUAUAUAAUUCUAUUGUAAAUUAACGACGAAAUACACUUGAUGCAAUAUC